UAAAUAUGUCAAACGUCAAUAUUAGGAAAUUUGGAAAUGUUUAUGGAAGUCCAGACAUCAAUUAUUAAAUGAUUAUAAUAACUAAAAAGUGAAUAUUCAAAGAUGAAGGUUGUUUUGAUGGUUGCAGAAAAGCCAUCGCUGGCUCAAAAUUUAGCUAACAUACUCAGUAAUGGAAAGUGUAAUACGACGAAAGGUUCAAAUGGGGCUUGUUCUGUCCACGAAUGGAAUGGCACGUUUAAAAAUGAACCUGUACGGUUCAGAAUGACAUCAGUUUGUGGGCAUGUGAUGAGUCUGGAUUUUACUGGAAAAUACAACAAUUGGGAUAAAGUAGAUCCCGUGGAGUUAUUUUCUUGUCCUACUGAGAAAAAGGAAGCCAUGCCUCGUCUAAAAAUGCCGGCGUUUUUAGGAAUGGAGGCCAGAGGCUGUGAUUAUCUUGUGUUAUGGCUGGAUUGUGAUAAAGAAGGGGAGAAUAUUUGUUUUGAGGUGAUGAGUUGUGUCCAGCCAUUCAUGAAUGGUGAUGUAUGCUCACCUCAAGUGACAUACCGCGCUCGCUUCUCUGCCAUUACAGACAAAGAUAUAAAAGCGGCCAUGUUGAAUCUUGUACGGCCCAAUGAGAAUGAAUCUCGCUCUGUGGAUGCAAGACAAGAGUUGGAUUUACGUAUUGGAUGUGCUUUCACACGUUUCCAGACAAAAUAUUUUCAAGGUAGAUACGGUGAUUUAGAUGCAUCAUUGAUUUCAUAUGGACCUUGUCAAACUCCAACCUUAGGAUUCUGUGUGCAAAGACAUGAUGAAAUACAGACUUUUAAACCGGAGACAUAUUGGGUUUUACGUGUAACUGCUAGUACUGAUGAAGGUCGGGAACUGCCGUUAGAAUGGAAACGAGUUAGAAGUUUCGAGAAGGAAAUUGCUAAUAUGUUUCUUCAUGGUAUAAAAGAGAUAAAAGAAGCUGUUGUUAUCAAUGUACAAGCAAAGGAGAAAUUGAAGUCUAGACCAGUUGCUUUAAAUACAGUUGAGUUGAUGAGAGUGGCCAGUUCCGGACUUGGUAUGGGGCCGCAUCAUGCUAUGCAGAUAGCAGAACGUUUAUACACUCAAGGUUAUAUUUCAUAUCCAAGAACUGAAACAACAAGUUAUCCGGAGAAUUUCGAUUUGAUUGGUGCUCUCCGUCAACAACAAGGUUCGAACAAGUGGGGUGAAGAGGUGAGGGCUUUAUUAGCUAAUGGUAUUAACAAGCCAAAGAAAGGUCAUGAUGCAGGAGAUCAUCCGCCCAUCACACCAUUGAAGCAUGCAACGGAAUCAGAGUUGGAAGGUGACAUGUGGCGUAUAUAUGACUAUGUGACGCGACACUUCAUCGCAACACUUUGUCGUGACUGUCGCUAUCUCUGUACCACAGCCACAUUCCAGAUCGGUACAGAAACGUUCUCAUAUUCUGGCAACACUUUAGUUGAUGCAGGAUAUACUGAAGUUAUGCAUUGGCAAGCUUUUGGUAAAGACGAGUUUGUGCCGGUACUGAAAGUUGACGAUGUACUUAAGGCUCAUGAUCACAGACUGGUCGAAUGUCAAACUUCACCACCUGACUAUCUCACUGAGGCUGAGGUGAUAACAUUAAUGGAGAAGCAUGGUAUAGGCACUGACGCGUCCAUUCCUGUGCAUAUAAAUAACAUAUGUCAGAGGAACUACGUCGCUGUAGGCAAUGGCAGGAAACUGAUACCCACAAAUCUGGGUAUUGUUCUAGUACAUGGAUAUCAGAAGAUCGAUCCAGAAUUAGUGUUGCCAACAAUGAGAUCAGCUGUUGAAGAACAAUUAAAUCUAAUAGCUGUAGGUAGAGCUGAUUUCCAGGCGGUACUUUCACAUACUACUGAAAUAUUCAGAAGAAAGUUUCAAUAUUUUGUUAGAUCUAUUGAAGCGAUGGAUCAAUUGUUCGAAGUUAACUUUUCAUCAUUAAAAGCCAGUGGAAAAGCCUUGUCUCGUUGUGGAAAAUGUAGAAGAUAUAUGAGAUAUAUUCAGGCAAAACCUGCUCGUCUGCAUUGUUCUCACUGUGACGACACAUACGCGCUGCCUCAGAACGGCACUGUGCGUAUCUACCGCGAGCUCAAAUGUCCGCUCGAUGACUUCGAGCUGCUCUCCUGGUCCUCGGGACAUCGCGGCAAGAGCUUCCCGCUCUGUCCGUACUGCUACAACCAUCCGCCCUUCAGGGAUAUGAAGAAAGGUUUCGGUUGUAAUUCAUGCACGCACCCGACUUGCGCGUACGGCGUUAACUCUACUGGUGUGUCUGGUUGUGUGGAGUGCGAGGCUGGUGUGCUAGUGCUGGACCCAGCUGCGCCGCGCUGGAAGCUCGCCUGCAACAGAUGUGACGUUAUAAUCAACAUAUUCGAGGACGCGAGCCGCGUGACUGUGUGCGAGCGCGCCUGUGACUUGUGCGGCGCGCAGCUGCUGUGUGUGGAGUACCGCGCGGGCCGCACACGACUGCCCGCAGCACUCACCGAGAUGACGGCCUGUCUCUACUGCGAGCCCAGCUUUGCAGCACUCGUAGAGAAGCACCGCGCGGUGACGUCACGCGGCGGGGCGAUGUCCCGCGGGCGCGGGCGCAUGCGCGGAGCUCGGCCCCGCAACAAGCAGCCCAAGGACAAGAUGGCGCAGCUCGCUGCUUACUUCGUAUAGCACGAUAAGUAAUUCCGACACAUUGGACACAUGUGAAACUAGCUCACCAGCGUCCUCUAUGUCGGAAAAGUGUCACGAGAUCCUUGUCGGACUCUAUCUUGUCAUGUGUGACAAUUUAUAUGCUUUUAAACAUCGUAGGUAAGUUUUAUAGACCGAUAAACUUAUUUAAUUCUUGUUGUCUUGUUUUGUGUGUCAUUUUCUAUGUCUCUGCAGGUUUAAUAUAUUU